AAGUGUGAGCUCUUUAUAGUGUGGGGAAAGGGUUCAUAUGCAAUGGCCACUGUAAAAUGAUCCUCUAAUUGGUCUUGACAACUAAGUAGAAAAUGCAGAAGGGCUUCACUCUCAUUCAGACGGUGGCCACUGCAGGUGUCUUCUCCGCUGUCUCCUUCUGGUAUGGAUUCAUGUUUGGCAGAGAGUCGGCGCGCAAGGAGCUUAAUGAUUUGAUUGAAAACCUCCGCCGCUCCAGUUCUGAUGCCACUUCCACUGCGCCACCGCCUCCGGAGCAGUCCUAAGAUGGGAGUCAGUUCAGACGAGCUGCUUGGAUAUUUCUAGAGAAGGCAAUAGAUGGUUCUAAAAUUUUAGGUGACAGAUUCUGAGGCAUGCAUCCUAAGUGCCUCGAUAUGUUAAAUCGGUUUCUAGGUGUGAAAUUCUCCUCUUUCUUUCAUAGAGAUUUGACAAAUUAUAGAAUCUCUGCAUGUAGCACAUGUAUGGAUGCGGCUGAAAGUAGUUCGAUUGGAAGAAAGCAUCAGCAGUCAUACAGCCAUGAGCAUCAGACUCAAAAGUUAUGAAUUGAUUACCUGAACUACUCCAUCACAUCUAUGCACUUAUGGCCCAAAAUAUUC